GGAAGUUAUUUUUUUGGGGGGGAGGCUAUUUGGAGGGGAGGGGUCUCCAUCCUCAUUCCGGGAAGAGAAGCGGACUUGGAGAAGAGGAAAAAGAGAGCUGCUCCCUGCAUUGAAGUGCAUCGUGGCAACAGCUGAGAGAGUCCUGGAAGUGGCCCUGUUUCCGCCUCCUCCUCCUCCGUCCUUUACACUGGCAGCGCAAUGGCCUCCGAGCCCCCCUCUGAACGGCCUCUUCUCAGAGGUGGAGUGGAAAGAGGAGCCAGGCAGCUUCCUCAGGCCCUCUUGACCUUUGAGGAGGUGGCUGUGUUUUUCACGGAGGAGGAGUGGGCUCUGCUGGAUCCUGGCCAACGAGCUCUGCACAAGGAAGUCAUGGAGGAGAAUUAUGAGAUGGUGGCCUCUUUAGCAGGGACUCUGAUACUUAAGUCUGAGCUCAUCUGCUCGCUUGGAACAGAAAAAUACAGGGAUGUUGUCCUGGACCAAUUGAGAGGUGAUGAAGAAGGCAAUCAGAAUUUUGAGGGGCCAUCUGUAAAGUACUUAAGUGUGAGUGAAAACCUUAGCACACAUCUACAAACUAAUACAGGAGAGAAACCUUUUAAAUGCAUGGAGUGCGGAAAGAGCUUCAGUAAAAAUGGAAACCUUACUGUACAUAAACAAAUUCACACAGGGAACAAACCAUUUAGAUGUAUGGAGUGUGGAAAGAGCUUCAGCCUGUGUUCACACCUUACUAUACAUCUACGAACUCACACAGGGGAGAAACCUUUUAAAUGUAUGGAGUGCGGAAAGAGCUUCAGUGAGAGUGGAAAACUUACUGUACAUCAACGAACUCACACCGGGGAGAAACCCUUUAAUUGUAUGGAGUGCGGAAAGAGCUUUAGUGCAAGUGGAACUCUUAGAAGACAUCAGCGGAUUCACACUGGGGAGAAACCAUUUAAAUGUAUGCAGUGUGGGAAGGGAUUCAGUCAGAGUGGAAUCCUUUCUAGACAUCAACGAACUCACACGGGUGAGAAACCAUAUAAGUGUAUGGUUUGUGGAAAGUGCUUCAGUGCAAGUGGAAGCCUUACUCUGCAUCAGGGUACUCAUACAGGCGAGAAACCAUAUAAAUGUUUGGAGUGUGGAAAGAGCUUCAUUUGUAGUGCGAGACUCACUGUGCACCAACAAAGUCACACUGGGGAGAAGCCAUUUAAAUGUAUUUGUGGGAAGGGUUUCAGUCAGAGUGGAGCUCUUGCAGUACAUCAACGAACUCAUACAGGGCAGAAACCAUUUAGGUGUAUGGAGUGUGGAAAGAACUUCAGGCUGUCUUCACACCUUACUACACAUCACCGAACUCACACAGGGGAGAAACCUUUUAAGUGUAUGGAGUGCGGAAAGAGCUUCAGUGAGAGUGGAACUCUUAGAAUACAUCAACGGAUUCACACUGGGGAGAAACCAUUUAAAUGUAUAGAGUGUGGACAGAGCUUCAGUCACAAUGGAACACUUACUAAACAUCAACGAACUCACACGGGUGAGAAACCAUAUAAGUGUAUGGUUUGUGGAAAGAGCUUCAGUCAGGGGGGCGAUCUUGCAACACAUGUACGAACUCACACUGGUGAGUUACCAUUUAAAUGUAUGAGGUGUGGGAAGGGCUUCAGUCGUAGUGGAAAUCUUAGAAUACAUCAACGAACUCACUCAGGGGAGAAACCAUUUAGAUGUAUGGAGUGUGGAAAGAGAUUCAGUUGUAGUGGAAAUCUUAGAAUUCAUCAACGAACUCACACAGGGGAGAAACCAUUUAAAUGUAAGGAGUGUGGAAAGAGCUUCAGACGGUGUUCACAAAUUACUAUACAUUGGAGAACUCACACAGGGGAGAAACCGUAUAUGUGUACGGAUUGUGGGAGGUGCUUCAGUGAGAAUGGCUCUCUUAGAAGACAUCAACAAACUCAUACAGGGGAGAAAACAUUUAAAUGUAUGGAUUGUGGGAAGUGCUUCAAUGGGAAUGGAAGUCUUAGAAUACAUCAAAGAUCUCACAGAGAAGCAACUGUUUAAAUGGAAUGGAGUGUGGAAAAUAUUUCAAUUAUAAUGGCCUUCUUAAUAAGCAAGCACAGACUGUUAUGGGGGAGAAACCAUUUCGGUUUUUUGGAGUUUGCCAUGUUUUUCCCACAGGGUUCAUUUUGUCCCUCAUAUCAGCAAACUCAUAUGAGGGGAAAAUUCAUUGUAAAUUUAUGGAGUGUAUUUCAUGUUCUGGUGUUUGUAUGGAAAGCUGUACAUACAUGUAUUAAAGCAAAUAAAAUGUCUCAUAAUAGUAAGUAUGAUGAAAGAUAUAAUGUACUGUAAGGUAUGUGCAGAACGUGACUCUGGAGUGCUCAUUGUGAGUGAACAUGUCCUGAGACUCGGUUGAUAUUUGGUCUUUGGCAGAGAGAGUUAGGAAUGGAGAAUUGUGAAAAGUGGAGCACAAAAGUGGUGUUUAGGAAGCAGGAUUGGCUCUGGAAUCCUAGAACUGUAGAGUUUAAAGGGACUCCAAGGGUCAAGUCCAACUCCUUGUUAUAAGAACAGCAGCAUAAAUCACAUUUUUAUACUUGCAAUAAAGGAACAAUGAAAACACAGAAA